ACCGAGCCGCUCGGUUUGGGGAACGCUAUAAGCGAGUCGGAUAUGGCGGAAUGGAAACGCACUACGUCGGCUCCGUCUUCAGCAAGCAUGACCUCGCUGGGUCGAGCGCUGUCUCGCAGCAGGUUAAGUCAGCCAGAAGGGUUUCAGUCACAGAAGUCCCUGAGCCGGGGCGCCGCGGGUCAGACUCGCAGGAGGUUCUCCAGCAGUUCCGAGUCUCCUCCUGAUGUGAGCCCAAAUGUCGAGGCGAGGGUCCUGGUCAUAAACACCGGCGGAACCAUUGGAAUGACGUAUCAUAAUAACGUUCUGUCUCCAGAACCUAAUGCUUUCGUCGCAACUCUACGCAAGCUCCCCAUUCUGCAUGAUGAGCAGUACGCACAACAGACCAGACUGUAUGAAUACUACAAGCCUCCUGAGAACACGCUGGUGCUGCCACUGUCCAAACAGAACAAGAGGAUAGUAUACACAGUUUUAGAGUACUCUCCCCUCCUCGACUCCUGCAAUAUGACCACGGAUGACUGGGCCACUAUUGGAAAAGACAUCGAGAAACACUAUGAGCAAUAUGAUGGUUUUGUGAUCCUGCACGGCACAGACACAAUGGCUUACACCGCCUCUGCCUUGUCCUUCAUGUGUGAGAACCUGGGAAAGCCUGUCAUCCUCACCGGCUCGCAGGUGCCCAUCUAUGAGAUGAGGAAUGAUGGGAGGGACAACCUCAUGGGGGCGCUUUUGAUAGCAGGACAGUUUGUCAUCCCUGAGGUUUGCCUAUAUUUUCAUCAUAAGCUGUACAGGGGCAACCGUGUCACCAAAGUGGAUGCUGAAAGUUUCAAAGCGUUUACCUCACCGAACCUGCCGCCCUUAGCCAAUGCUGAAGUCGACAUCAAAAUUAACUGGGAUACUGUGUGGAGAGCCAACACAACCUCCAGAUUCACUGUUAACACACAAAUGAACCGUAAUGUGGGUCUCCUGCGACUCUUCCCAGGAAUCACUGCUGCUACUGUCAGGGCCUUCUUGCAGCCUCCUAUGGAUGGGAUCGUACUGGAGACCUACGGCAGCGGUAACGCUCCUGAUAACCGUGCUGACCUCCUAGAUGAGAUCCGUAAAGCCACCGAGAGAGGAGUCAUCAUAGUCAACUGCACCCAGUGCCUCAGGGGCUCGGUCACAACCUCAUACGCCACCGGCCAGGCUCUCAGUGAUGCCGGUUUGGUUGCUGGCUGUGAUAUGACCCCAGAAGCUGCUCUUUCAAAACUCUCCUAUGUGCUGGCAAAACAAAACCUCAGUAUAGAAGAGAAGAAAAAGAUGCUGAGCCGCAAUCUGCGUGGUGAGAUGAUAGCGCACCUGGGCGGAGCAAAACUUUCUCUCAGUGACAGUCGCUUUAUUCAGGUCAUCGCUCGGUCCCUCAGCAUUAGCUGUAAAGAGGAGCUUGAAGCCAUACGAGAUGCACUGACGCCCACUCUGGUCUGUGUUGCUGCUAAAAUCGGAGACAUUGAGGCUUUGGAGGCCAUAAGGGAAAUGGGUACUGACCUGAGCAUGGCAGAUUAUGAUGGCCGCACUCCCCUGCACAUCUCGGCGUGUGAGGGCCAUCUGAAAGUGGUGGAGUACCUGCUGAGUAAAGGGGCCACCGUCUAUGCCAGGGAUCGCUUUGGUGACACACCUCUUCGCAAUGCUGUUCGCUUCAGGCAUAAGGACGUUGUGAAACUGCUGAGGAAGACUGGAGCUCAUUUUUCCUGGGAAGAAAUGGAGGAUGCUGGAACAGAGUUGUGCAGUCUUGCGGCAAGUGGCGACUUGGAAGGAUUGGAGAUUUGGCAUUUAGCUGGGGUGGAUAUGACCAUGUGCAGUUAUGAUGGACAGACGCCCAUUGAAGUGGCAAGAGCCACUGGAUGUGAGGAGGUUGUUGAGUUCUUAAAGCAGGCUACUAUGUACCAAGCUCAGCAUGAGACAGAUGCUGACAGUAAUGAGAUGCACAAUCAGUAAACGGUCCAAAACAUCCAUCGCUGUGAUGACUUGUAAUUAAUGUGCUGAUGAAAUGUCUUUGUGGCAUGAUUGGUGUGUAAGAGAAUCUGGCAAAAAUCAACCGCUUGACGUUAACAAGAAACCUCUCGUCUUUUUUCUUGCAGCCAGUAUUUGAGGAGGAUGAGGUAAAUUGAGUGUUGAGCUGGAUGGCAUUCAGCGCACUUGAUGUUUAACUGUUCAAGUACAGUCUUACCGUUGUGACAUGUGUUUGAAGUCAUCAAACAAUAUUUGGCCAUUUUUAUGUUCAUAUGAAUAUUCACGCAUUGAUACUUCACAAAUGGAGACGGUGGUCUGGACAGAACAGAGAAUAGUUUUGGAAACCGCAAGAUAUCGGACAGUUGCUAAACAUUCAAAUGUGCAUCCAGAUCAUUUCUUCUAGUAAUACAUACCGUGUUUUCAAUCUGUAACGAUGCAUAACUGUGUGCUUUCAAUGAUUCAUUUUUUUUUCUGUUCUCUAGAAUGUCGAGUAUACGGAGUUUACAGCUUGUCCAAGAUCCUGAGGAGGCCGUCCUACGAGCUGUCACUUCCUGCCGCUAUUGUCCAUCCAAGUUUCUUAUUUUACUUGAACUAGCAUCCUCUCAAAACCUAAAGAGCACAAACCAAACCUCAAAAACAGUAAGCAAUCAGUUAUGAAUGUAUCGUGACUAUCAUACAUACUAUUUAUGUACAAGCAAAUGAUUCAGAUGAUGUCCAACAUUAUAAUACGUCCCCGUUUGAAUGUGAUGUAUUCAUUGUUUAGAUUUAGAAUAAGUUCAGAUAUUUGAAGCGUCCUUCAGUGUUUUUAAUGCGUCCGAUUCAAUGUGGUCAUAAUGGUGAUCCUAAAUGUGAAUGUGUUUUUAAAAAAAAACGACUACAGUUGUAACCACAGUGAAGAGAAAGGAUGGUUUUACAGGGUUGUAGCAAACAAAAAAAAAACCGUCUCAGUAUAAUGGAAUCUGAGGAGCAGGUGACUUCACCAUCAGCCAAUGAAUUGAUGUAAGUCUGUUUGGGCUUCAGACAAUCCACACACCCAGAGAGUGUUCCUGUUAUAUCACAGCUAACAUAAUUAUGUGUUUGUAAUCCAAAAGUUUGCAGAACACCAAUUUUUUUCCUGUGUUUGUCUGUAAUUCUGAGUUUCAUAAUGAAAAAUUGAAUUUUAGUUCACCUCAGAAAAGCUUUCAAUUUAAUAGAUUUUUUUUAAAUGUUUUUUUUUUUUUGAUGUUACAAAAGCAUAUGUUUAUGCUUUGGCUGCAUUUGACUGUCAUGUCUGCACGGCCUUUUGACAAUGAAAGGCAAAAAGUAUUUUCUUUUGCAAAAGUGUACAAUAAAUUUCUACAAAUGUC